AUGUACGGCGAACUAGGAAAUAAACUGGUCCAACACGCCAAACGCACCCAAUCUCUCGCCCAUCUACCCCCCUACCAAACUGAAAUCGUCCGCUCCGUCGCCCGCGAAGUGCGCGACCUCAAUAAUGACGUUGCGCAUCAUCUCGCGCCCUUUGAGAGCGCUGACGGAAGUCAACAAUCAUCCUUCAACCCCUCCGCACAACCGGCCAUUGCCUGUGCGUUGUUGGUAGACCAUUUGUGCAUGCGACGGAAUAAACGGUGUCUGUUGGCGUAUCACCGUGUUCGAGCGGAGAAGUUGGAGGAGAUGUGUUGGAAGGGCAUUGAUGUGUUGGAGCAGCAGCAGCCCGUUACCACUGCCGCUGGAAAUAAUAAUAACAAUAAUAACGGGAACAAAGAGUCAACGGGCAAUACAGACGACAAUAGCGCGACGACGAACACGUCGGGACAAAACUCGCUGAGUCCCGAGGAAGAAGAAUAUUUCCGGCUGUAUAGUGAAAUGCUCGCGGCGUAUAAAGGGCAAUGGACGGAUAUUGAUCUAACGGGUAGUCUGGAGCCGCCGAAGGAUUUGUUUAUUGAUGUGCGAGUGUUGAAGGACGCGGGCGAGAUUCAGACUGAAUAUGGGGCAAUCAACCUCACCAAGAACAGCCAGUUUUAUGUCCGGCAAGGCGACGUCGAGCGCUUGAUUGCGCAGGGAUAUUUGCGGCGAUUAGGCUGA